AUGUAACAUUUAAGUGAUCUGCUCGUGCCGACAUCGUAUCAGUUUCGUAAUACACUUUCGACGAAACAGUGCAUUUCUCUCGACUUUAUGCGAUUUUUUUCGAGUUAUUUACAUCUAUCAUUGACCAUUCGGUUCUGCUACGUUACGUUCAACCUACUCCUUCAAAUCAUAGGACUACGGAGGUGUACCCGUAAGAAUAAAGCAAACAUGAUCAUGGAUGGAUUAUAUGGUUCAGUGAAAUCAGCUGUGAAAACAGCGCUUUUAUUCGCACUGUUCUGCGCAUUCGUCCCUACGUUUGUUAUCAGUUAUGCAAUUGUAUCGAACACUCGGAAGCUGUGGAUUGCUUUUUUGGCAAACCGGUAUCCGUACCUGAAGUUUACGAGGACCAAUAAUAUUAGAAGUCUAGUGGACACUUCGAGAAAUCCUGGAGUAUUCAUUGUAUUGCUGCAAGUUGAAGGUAUCUGUGACGUACAAUCGAUAAAAGUUAAGUUCAUCGAGCACGUGCUCAAUCGCCGUGAUCCAACCGGACGCUUAUCCUUCUAUCGGCUAAAGUUCCCACUUAUUUCGUGCUGGGGACAGUAUGCGUUUCUGAAAAAAUCAAAAAAUUUCAAAAUUGAAAACCACAUUCUUCUGGCGCCAUCGCUGUAUCGAGGACGACUGUUAACUGAGGCAAAUUUGCAAGAUUACGUGAACGAAAUUGUUUCCAAAUACAUGCCACCGGACAUACCUCCGUGGCAGAUUUUUUGCAUUCCCAUAUCCACCAGUGGCACAGUUAGUGGAUCCGCUGAGUGCGAUAGCGGUGUGCCCUACUACUAUCUACUUUACAGGAUUCACCAUCUGCUCCUGGAUGAACAGGAGAAGCUUUGUAUUUCAGAUUUAUUACUAAUCGACCAAUCCAAGAACGACGGUAGAAAUCACAGAAGAAGGCUUUCAUCGUGUAAUUCAAUAUUUUCUAACACGACGGAGAAACCAGUUUACUUACCGCUGAUAUGGCAAAAUAUUUGUACAAUGGUUGGUAACAGGUGGAACGCCUUUGUGUAUCAGUAUGACCCGUUGGAAUCACCGGAUAUCGACCAGAAACAAAUCAAAGGAAUUCAACAUCUUUUAUCGGUGGCGUUCAUAGGAAUCAUCGCGGUGCUAUCGGAUUUUUGCAAAGGAUUUUCCAAAAUAUCGGGCAGUCCUUUGAUGAAAAUUGAUUUCCUAAAGUCGCUCAUCGAUCGAGAAAUUCAGAAGAGAAACUUAACUUUUGCAACUGUUUGGAGCUCAAUUGCGACCUCACUGGAUCCGAUAAAUGUGAUCAAAGAGGUGAUAUUUUUGGUGUGGAAAAUUGGUGCCACUAUCACAUUGAUGGUACCGUGGCAUGUGUUCAGAGAAAUGGAAGCAGUCAGAAUUUACGUGUUGAUGAAAAAGAUUAAACGGAAUACGCUAGUAGGAUUCCUGUUAGAGAAUGUUCCCAUCUACUAUGGGGGAUUCCUGGAGUAUUGGAAAGGGUUGAUGCUGUUGUAUAAUGCGCCAAAAUUGAUAUUCGAAACAUUUUUCGAGCAUAAACCAAACAUGGCGCAUCAUUUACAGAACGUUUCUCUGUGUGGCAGAAAGGUGGUUUCUUGGUCAGAGAGAAUCGAUACGAAUGAGUUCAAUAUGAAUCAUGCAGAACAUCUAUUGAAAAGAAAAGGUGGGCAAACUCACAAAACAUCCUGUAAAUUGCCUAGCGGAACGGAAAUUCUUCUUGGAGUGUUGUCAAAAUCAGUGCAAAAACUUCUUCAAAGUAUUCGGAAUGAAAUUGACCAAAUGCCAUCUCAAGUUCAACUAAGCGGCCGUUGCAUGACGGAAGAUUGCUUGUUAGGAUCCACAAAUUACAAAACAGGAAACAGUACAUUUAUGGCACUGAACCUACCAAUAGAUACCACAGGAACCAAACAACUGUUGACGAGCGUACGUGUUUCAACAACGGAAGUACAUCAACAGCAGCUAAUGUUGAAUUUUUUACCGCUUACACUAUUGAGACACGACUGUCUUAUAAAUGCACUACCUGCGGUAAUUCUCAAGCUUUUGGCGAACUAUCUUUCCAGAAGAUUUGCCAUUACAAUCACCGAAGUAAUCGAGAAUUCAGAGUCCUCUUUUGUACGCUGCAACUUACUCGGAGACAAAAUAUGCGACAUCCUAUAUUUCAGACCACCGCAGUCCAAUACAUGUGUUUCGCUUACGAUACAAAACUUCGAUGGUAAGGUACGGCUUGCUUGCAUGGCUGAUUCGCAAAUUAGCCCAAAACAUCUAGCUUCGACGGCCCACUUUCGGAAGUUACUGUCUGAGGUAAAAACAUUAUGAACGCUGCAAUAUGUUUUAUUAUACAAAUUAAAUAAAAGAACAAUGCA